AUGCGUUCAACCAAUGUUAUUCUCGCAAUUUUUUCUCUCUCCUCUACGAUCUCUGCGCUUGCGGCUCCGAGAUCUGCAGCUCUGGAUAAGGGGCUAGAUGGAUUUGAGAAGGAUUGCCAAUGUUCUGCUAUGGGAUCCGUCUGCCACAAAGAAUCCCAUGUCAAUUGCUGCAAUGGGUUCUCCUGCGAAAUGAUGGAUAAUCCCAAUGGGGAUUAUGGUAUUUGUCGCGCGUCGAAUGAUCGCAAGAAGGAUGACAAAUGCAUGUGUUCCAUGUCUGAUGAUGUGUGCCAUCCAAAAUCCGAUAUCAAUUGCUGUUUCGGUCUCUUUUGUGAUAUGACCAAUAACCCAAAUGGCGAUUAUGGAAAAUGUAAACCUUCGCAUGAGUCGAAGAAUCCACUCAAGAAAAUCGAAGAUGCGGAAAAAUGCUUGGAAUCUGGCUCAAUGCAUUGCAAUUUGCUAGGUGCACCACCAUGUUGCUCCGGGGCGAAAUGUAACAAGGUUGGAAGAUCCGAUAGCCAAAUGUUUAUGUGCGAAAAGGAAUUCAAUGAUGAGGGUCAAGACGGUGAUGACAUGUGUUUGAAACCUGGUUCAAUGCAUUGCAACUACCUUGGCUCCCCAAAGUGUUGUAGCGGAUCAAAAUGCAACAAGAUUGGAAAGUCCGAUAGUAACAUGUUCAUGUGCGAAAAGGAGUCUGAUGAUGAUGAUAAGAAACAAUGUUUGGUUCCUGGAGCACACCACUGCAACAUGUCCGGCAUGGAAUGCUGUCCUGGAGCAAGUUGUAAGAAUGUCAGAGGUGAAAGCUUUAUGUGUGCAAAAGACUCUGAUGAUGAAGACGAUGUUUCAACUACUCUCUCCCAAGAUCAAAAACCACUCUUCUCAUCAAAAGACAGAAAUAUCUUUGAAGAAGAUUGUGACAGGAAUAUGUGUAUUGAAGGAGGCCAGAUGUGUCGUCGCCACAGGCAAAAUUCCAAGUGCCCACCGGCUCCAUGCUGUCCAGAUUUCCAAUGCGCAUAUAUUGAUUCUUAUCGUGAAUCUUUCUGUGUCUCUAUGUCCGAUUCGAACGAAAAGACUGAAAUUGUUUCCUCAAAGAAACCCGCUGUGUCGAAAAAGAAAAAGAAUGAAUUGAUGACUGAAAAAUGCGCACCACAAGAGCCUACUGGGUGCUCACCUUUUGGAUGUCCAUGCAAAAAAGAUCAAGAUAAUAGCUGCUGCGGAGGUCAAAGUUGCACAGGUAUGUCGGAAUCGGGUAUGUCAUAUUGCAUGCCACCCGACGAUCAGGAAGAACACUCUCGUCUAUACGCAUUGAAAGGGAUGUUCCAUGGGUUUGUGGAGAAAAUCGAGAAAAAAUAUUGUUUACCACAAGGAGAAUCAUGUAUGAUGCAAAAUGAUAACUGCUGUCAUGGAUUGAUGUGUCAUUCUGGAGAAUGCAUGGCCGAAAAUGACGAAUUGAAGCUUUGA